AUGGCGGCAGCGAAAAGCUUUAAGGAGGAGCUGCAGCACCACAGCAUGAGAGGCCGAGGAGAAGAUCACUACUCAUCCAAGACGAGCAGCAUCAGCAUCUCUGCUUACAACAGCAGCAACUUUUUGCCAGCGAAACCAAGAAGCUCUUUUGACGGCAGCUCCUCCUCGUCGGUUUCGAUUGGCAAGUCAGGAGAACGUUCGGGGCAUGGGAGCCAGCAGUUUUUGAAGACCAAAGCCAAGAACUGCCCGACGAUGCUGGUGAUGAUCGUGAUGCACUGGGGCAACGUACCACUACCAGGCUACGACGAUUGUGGGUCUGCUGCUUCGAGCGGUUUACUUGUUGGGACAGAGAUGAGUGCUGCAUUGGCGGAGUGCGUCAUGUGGUUUGGGGUGCCGCCAUACGCUGGAAGCCGAGAGGCGCUGGACUGCUGGUAUGGAUAA